AUGUUUGCGCUGCACUCUCGUCGAUUGCGAAGAAGGUUAAGCGGCACCACGUCUAGCUCAGCACGUAGACAAGCCCGAGAAAGAAGAUUGGCUGAGCAGACAAGAGCAGAAGGCGAGAGGAUCGCCAAGGAAAGAAGAGAACAGAGGCAAAAAGAAAAGAAAGAGCAACAGAAGAAGGCUCUCGCGGAGCUGGCGUCGUACGCGCCGUGGGGGCGGGCGGGAGGCGGGGCGCCCAACGCGCGCGUGCGGUACUCCGACCUGCGCGCCCACGGCAUAUACCCGGAGGAUGAGCUUAAGGGUAUCUCCCCCGAUCGACGCGGCUGGUCGACUACUCGUCGGCGACGGCCGCUGCGUCUGCGGGAAGACCCUCAGCUGUUCUUUGCCGACGCUCUCCGCCGCGCCAUCGACAACGACGUGCGGUACCGCAGUACACCCGACCAGCAGCAGGCGUAUAGACAAAUACUAGAUGACAUGGUCGAUAAGAAAAAAGAAGCUUUAAGUAAAGAAAUUAAACACAAUUUGGAAGACGAGCGAAAACUGAAUUCCAUGAGUGGACCUUGGGGCAAGCCUGGACCCGGAGGAACGAUUUGGAGAAAUCCGAGGAAUGUUGGACUGAACUUUUCCAAGUCCAUGGGUUGGACAGACAACGACAUUUUCAACAAACUUAAAGGGGACCACAAACACAAAAAAUCUUCGCUUACUUUGCCUGAAGUAAAGAGAGUUGAUGAUCAAGACAAGUCUGAUAAAGAGAACCAAAAACCGUCCGUCGACAAGUUGCCGGACAUACACAAGUAUGCUAACAAAAAGAACGACGCGGAGGAGUUAAUUCGAAUUUACUCGAAAAAGAGUCCAAAAAAGGGGAAGUUUGUGAAGCGAUUGUCGAACGGGGAGCGAGUGAGGAAAUCGGUACCGGAUGAGGAAAGUGGGGAGAAGAAAUUAACACCGGAAGAAGCGAUCCUACAUCUUACAGGGGGGAUAGAGUUGGUGCCGCUUCUGGCGCGGCGUAGGAGAGUGGGCGCGCGGACGCUUCCCUCCAGUGACGUAACAAGACCGCCAGACCAGUUGUGCCAAUGGCGUGAUGGUACGCUAACGGACAUGGACUACUUGCGAGAGCUCAAGCACCAGAUGAGAGUCAAGUACGAGAGGAAUCAGGAGAGUCGUCGCGACUCGGCGGAGAGCGCGCGCGUGCAUCACACGACGUGGGCGGCGCUGUGGGGCCGGCCGGGGCACGGGGCCCCGCAGCGCGGCCGCUACGCGCGCAGCAACCUGGCGCAGCUGCUGUAUGUGCCUCCGCUCAACUCCCAGCUCUAG